CUUCCAGCUCCCGCAACGCCGCGGUGCCGCCACGGUCUCCCCGCUGGAAAAGUCCACAUAAACGCCUCUGGAACGCUCGGAGGGACGUCGGGAAGCAAAAAUGCGCCCGAUGCGGAUCUUCGUCAACGACGACCGGCACGUGAUGGCCAAGCACUCGGCCGUGUACCCCACGCAGGAGGAGCUGGAGGCAGUGCAGAACAUGGUUUCCCACACGGAGCGAGCGCUCAAGGCCGUCUCCGACUGGAUCGACGAGCAGGAGAAAGUCAGCGGGGAGCAGCCGGAGUCGGAGUCCAUGGAGACGGCGGCCGAGGAGGAGAACAAGGAAGGAGGGUGAGGAGAACAGGGAAGGAGGGUGAGGAGAAUGAGGAAGGAAAGGAGGGUGAGGAGAACAGGGAAGGAGGGUGAGGAGAACAGGGAAGGAGGGUGCGGAGAACAGGGAAGGAGGCUGGUCCUGCUGUGCAAAGACAAACCCACGGCCAAGCUCCUGGAGAAGGUCGCCGACAACCUGGGGGUGCAGCUGGCGGCGAUCACCGAGGACAAGUACGAGGUCAUCCAGUCGGUGGGCGACGCCGCCAUCGUCAUCAAGAACACGAAGGAGCCCCCGCUGAGCCUCACCAUCCACCUGACGUCGCCCGUGGUCCGGGAGGAGCUGGAGAAGCAGCUGGCCGGAGAAACGCUCUCAGUCACCGACUCCCCGGACGUUCUGGACAGGCAGAAAUGCCUUGCUGCCUUGGCGUCUCUGCGCCACGCCAAGUGGUUCCAGGNCAGGGCCAACGGGCUGAAGUCGUGCGUCAUCGUGAUCCGAGUGCUGCGGGACCUCUGCACCCGCGUCCCCACCUGGGCCCCGCUCCGAGGAUGGUUUCCAAGGCACGGCCCCUUUCCCAGGUUUCUACGGACGAGCGACGUGUCCGCCCUGAAAGGCGCAGAGCGGGUGUUGUGCAGUGCCAGGGCCGGGUACGGGAGCUACGGCUACGGAGGGAAUUCCGCCACCGCCGGCUACA